UCUUUAAAGAACCAUCAAUGGCGUCAAUCGUGAUCUCUUCGCCACCAUCAAAAAUGGCUGCUUUUCGUCUUCCUCUUUCACUUUCAACUUCUCCCGUUAGAAGAAGAAGGUUCCGAGUCAACUCACUCCAACCCCUUCUUCACAAAUCCCUAAUUUUUCCUCCCAAUUCUCUCUCAAAACCCUUACCUACCCGCAUUUUCCCUACAAUUUGCCACUCGAAAACCACCGACCAUCACCAGGAUCAUGAUCAUGAUCAUGAUCACGAUCACGAUCAUGGUCAUGGUCAUGGUUGUGGUCACAAUCACCACCACCACCACCACCAUCAUAACCAUAACGGGGGUGAAUUCGAGCUUACGAAAUCACAGCAAGCGUUUACUCGGUUUGCAAAGGCAGUUAUGUGGACCGACCUAGCUGACUUCUUGAGGGAGCAUUUGGAGCUCUGUUGUUUUUCCACCGCGUUAUUCUUAGCUGCCGCUGUGUGCCCUUACUUGGUUCCAAAAGCUUCUGUGAAGCCUAUUCAACAUGUUCUAGCUCUUGUAGCUUUUCCUCUUGUUGGGGUCUCGGCAUCAUUUGAUGCGCUGUUAGAUAUUGCCGGUGGAAAAGUUAAUAUUCAUGUGUUAAUGGCUCUUGCGGCAUUUGCAUCUGCAUUUAUGGGGAACGCACUGGAAGGAGGCUUGCUUCUUGCUAUGUUCAAUUUGGCUCAUAUUGCUGAAGAGUAUUUCACCAGCCAGUCAAAGGUUGAUGUCAAGGAGUUGAAAGAAAACUAUCCAGAAUUUGCCCUUGUGCUUGAUGUUAAUAACCAGAAGUUGAUAAACUUAUCUGAUUUGAAAUAUCAUGAGGUCCCGGUUAAUGAGUUAGCAGUUGGAUCAUUCAUUUUGGUCAAAGCUGGAGAGUCAGUGCCUGUAGAUUGUGAAGUUUUCCAUGGUAGAUCGACAAUUACAAUUGAACACUUGACUGGGGAAGUGAAACCAGUAGAAAGAGAUGUUGGUGACAGCAUUCCUGGUGGCGCGAGGAAUAUAGAUGGUAUGAUGAUAUUGGAGGCAAAGAAGACAUGGAAAGAAUCCAUGCUGAACAAGAUAGUGCAACUGACGGAAGAAGCUCAAUUAAGGAAACCGAAGCUUCAAAGAUGGCUGGAUCAGUUUGGUGAGAGUUACAGCAAGGCAGUCAUCAUUAUAUCAAUUGCUGUUGCCCUCGUUGGCCCGAUUCUUUUCAAGUGGCCAUUCUUCAGUACUCAAGCUUGCAGGGGAUCAUUUUACAGAGCAUUGGGGCUCAUGGUUGCAGCAUCACCAUGUGCUCUGGCAGUAGCUCCCUUGGCUUAUGCUACUGCAAUCAGUGCUUGUGCAAAAAAGGGAAUAUUGCUGAAAGGAGGACAUGUUUUUGACUCUCUAGCUUCCUGCCACACCAUUGCAUUUGAUAAAACGGGCACGUUGACAACGGGGGAGUUUACGUGCAAAGCAAUUGAACCGAUACAUGGACAUGUUAGAGGAGAUGAAGCUACAACUUCUUGUUGCAUGCCUAAUUGUGAGAAAGAAGCCCUUGCUGUGGCUGCUGCGAUGGAGAAGGGGACAACUCAUCCCAUCGGAAGAGCCGUCAUUAAUCAUAGUCAAGAAAAGGAGCUUCCUGCUGUUUAUGUUGAAAGCUUUGAGAAUCUCCCUGGUAGAGGUCUUUUUGCAACACUAUCUAGCAUUGAGCCAGGUUUUGGAGUGCGCCAUGAGUUGAAGGCGUCACUUGGUUCUGUUGAGUACAUCACAUCACAGUUCAAUUCUAAAGCUGAAUCACGAAAGAUCAUGGAGGCAGUAAUUAGGUCUUCUUAUGGAACUGACUUGGUCCGUGCUGCUCUAUCUGUGAAUAACAAAAAGGUAACUCUUUUUCACUUUGAGGAUAAGCCUCGAAUUGGGACAAAGGAUGUCAUAGUGGAAUUGAAAGAACAAGCAAAGCUCCAUGUAAUGAUGUUAACCGGUGACCAUGAGCUUAGUGCCCGUAGGGUUGCUAAUGCGGUGGGCAUCGAUGAAAUUCAUUGUGGCCUAAAACCUGAGGAUAAGCUCAAUCACGUGACCAGCAUCCCUAGAGAUACAGGAAGAGGUCUUGUGAUGGUCGGUGACGGAAUUAACGAUGCACCGGCACUUGCUGCCGCUACUGUUGGCGUUGUCCUAGCACAACGUGCUAGUGCGACUGCUAUAGCCGUUGCGGAUAUAUUGCUACUUCAGGACAAUAUUUCUGGUGUUCCAUUUUGCAUUGCAAAAUCGCGCCAAACGACUUCCUUGGUGAAACUGAAUGUGGCACUCGCCUUAUCUAGCAUUAUGCUGGCCUCCCUUACUUCAGUUAUGGGCUUUCUCCCUCUAUGGCUUACGGUUCUCCUCCAUGAAGGCGGGACUCUGCUCGUUUGUCUAAAUUCCAUUCGUGCCCUUGAAGAACCUUCAUGGUCAUGGCGGGGGGAUAUUCUACAAGUAUUCAAUAAAUUCAAGUCUCUGCUCAGCUUGUUGACCAAAAACAGCAUCAAUAACUCAAACACUAGAAUCCAAGCUGCACCCUCUUAAGAUUGCAACCACUUCGGUUAUAGAUGAUGAUUCAGGUGAUGUGAUUUCCAUGGUAUGGAUGGAUGUGGGAAGAAAGAUGCUUGACCCAACUCCUAAGCUGGAGAAUGGUGGUGCAAAAGGUGGUGCUGCUGCCAAGAGUGGGCAGAAAGAUGGGAAGAGCAGAAUUAUUAUUAGCAAUGGAUACUAUGCUGUAUGGAUUGUACAUUGUGCUUUGUAAGUUGUACAUUUUGACUUUGUAGUUAAUAAUAUAUAAAUAAAUAGAUCCCGUGUGGGUUUUGAACUGCAGGAUCAUACUCCAC